CAGCCCAUUUCCUUUCUUUCAUUUAUCCUCCUCCUCCUCCUCCUCUAGCCAUAUUCUAUCCCCAACCUCCAAAAAGGAAAAAAAGAAGAAGAAAAGCUCAUAUUUUUGUGGAAAGGUUUCAAUGCCAUUAAUCACCAUCUGAUGAGAUUACUCUUCAAUUCCCAGAAAUGGACGGUCUUACUCUCGCCACCGUCACUGCUAGCAGCACCACCACUGCUAAUAAAUCAAUCUUUCCUUCACUUUCAGUAAGAGUAAAUACGAGAAUAACAAGUAGUAGAAGAAGAGAAUUAUGGUUUCCUAGAAAGAACAAAUUAGUGGUUUAUGCGGCUAAAGAAGAUGAGCCUAAACUUGACCAAUACGACCAAAUGGAGCUCAAGUUUGGCCGCAUGCUUGGUGAAGACCCAAAACUUACUCUUGCUAAGAUAAUGGCUAGAAAGGCAAACCCAGACGUGUCUUAUCUUGAAGUUGAAAAAUCAUUUUACAAGAACAAGGGCAGAAUAGUGGAAAUAAAGGAGCUUCCAUUUGAUGUCGCUAAGGAUAAGAAAUCGUCAAAUUCGCUGGAUGGUCUGAAUUUGGUAAGGCCUGUUCCCAAAGAAGGAGUUAAGUUUCAAACUGAUGAGAAGUUAAAACUACCGGAGAUAAACAAGCUAAGUAAACCAAUUGAAAAAACCAUAGAUUAUACUAAGCGUAGUAUUCCUAAUGUUAUCUUGAGAAAGCCAGCUAUGUUUGUUGAGGAUGAUGUGGAAGAUAAGCCAUCUUCAAGGUCUAAAGUAAGGAUCCAACCAAAUCUGACAUUGAAAAUGAGAAAUAAUCAAGCCAAUGAGAAGUUUAGUGAUAUGACUCUAUUGAGAAAGCCAGAACCAGUGAGUGUUGAGGAAAAGCAAGAGUCUUUGGAUGGGGCUGAGACUAAAAUUAGCAAUGGCGCAACUGAAUUGGGAACAGGGAAAGAAGAGGAUGAUAUUAAAUAUAGUGGUUUUACACUAUUGAAGAAGCCUGAAACUUCAGUGAGUGAUGUUGAUGAAUCUUCAGAAACUGUGGGCAGUUCAGUUCCAAAGGAACAAGAGCUUGAAGGAAUGCAGCCUCUUGAGAAAAGCAAUAUUGGGCCCACAGAUGAUCAAUCUGAUAAAAAAUUGGUAGAUGAUUCCGUCAAGUUCUCAGUUGAUACUACUCUGCAAGGAAAGCCAAAGAGAUUAGACCAAUAUGUGAAAGAAACAUUGGCAUCAACUAGAGAAGAGACAACUCUUCUGCAUCCUGAAAGUUAUGGAAAUGCUGAUGAACUUAAAAAUCUCCCACCUAUAUCACCAAUAGAGGAUGCUGACUGGUCCAGGGCGGAAGAUCUCUUCAAGACAGGAAAUAGGGGUGAAGUGGAGUUAGUUAGCGCUAGCACAAGAGGCUUUAUUGUAUCUUUUGGCUCAUUGGUAGGAUUUUUGCCGUACCGUAAUCUUGUGGCCAAAUGGAAGUUCUUAGCAUUUGAGUCUUGGUUGAAACAGAAAGGGCUAGACCCAUCAAUGUAUAAGCAAAAUUUAGGAAUUAUUGGAAGUUAUGAUGUCUUGGACAAGAACUUUGAUUCAAGUGCGGAUCAAGAAAUUAACAAAAAAAUUGGAGGAGAAAUUACACCAAAUAUGAAGCUGGAAGAUCUUCUAAGGAUUUAUGACCAAGAGAAACUCAAAUUCUUGUCCUCAUUUGUUGGUCAGAAAAUUAAGGUGAAUGUGGUAGUGGCUGACAAAAUACUGCGGAAACUAACAUUUUCUCUGAGGCCUAAAGAGAAGGAAGAGUCAGUUCAGAGAAAGAGAAACCUUAUGGCUAAACUUCAAAUUGGCGACGUUGUGAAAUGCUGCAUCAAGAAAAUAACAUACUUUGGAAUUUUUGUUGAGGUUGAAGGUGUGCCUGCAUUAAUUCACCAGACGGAGGUGUCAUGGGAUGCGACGUUAGACCCUGCAUCAUAUUUUAAAGUUGGUCAGAUUGUGGAGGCAAAAGUUCAUCAAAUGGAUUUCACUCUUGAACGAAUUUUCUUAUCUUUAAAGGAGAUUACGCCUGAUCCAUUGAUUGAGGCCUUGGAGUCUGUGGUUGGUGAUCGUGAUUCCAUGGAUGGGAGAUUACAAGCAGCGGAGGCAGAUUCUGAGUGGGCUGAUGUGGAAUCACUUAUCAAAGAACUUCAACAAACCAAAGGGAUUCAGUCUGUAUCUAAAGGUCGUUUUUUCUUGAGUCCUGGGUUAGCUCCAACAUUUCAGGUGUAUAUGGCAUCCAUGUUUGAGAACCAAUAUAAAUUGCUUGCUCGAUCUGGAAACAAAGUACAAGAGGUGAUAGUUGAAGCAUCAUUGGAUAAAGAAGAAAUGAAAUCAACAAUUUUAUCAUGCACUUACAGAGUGGAAUAGUUUAUUGCCAGUGCAACUUUUGUUUAAUCUUCUAGACAGUCCUCUUGGAUGAUAUAAUAUGUUGCUAUAUUGAGACUACAAGAUUGGCUCUGAAGUCUUUUAGAGAGUAAAGACAAGAUCUUGUUUCUACUGUUUCUCAUUCUUUAGAGGGCAGAGUGGUGCUUUUCACGGUGUAAUAGAAAGGAAGUAUUGAUAUAAAGGGUUGUCAAAUUUACAGGUUAUAGUCACAGUUGAUCAGAAAAUUCAGUUCAUGUUGUAUCAUAUUUUAGGAGUGAUACUUAUUUCUUUUUUUCUUUAUAUGUGAUUCUUCUUUCUUGGCC